UGGGGUUUGUCGUCCAUGUCGCUUCAAUCUACCUACAGCUCUCUGCGUCGAUCUCGAUCCCGAUAACGAUCAUUCCCCUCCAAUUCUCCGGUGAAUUAAUCCUACUCGUCGCUUUCUUCGUUCUACACACUCCUCCGUUUAACCGUGGAGAUCGUCAAAUCCUAUCCAUAUCAAGCCCUGACGACGGCGUCGUAGCUCUGAUUGUCUUAAAAGGAGGGGAUCUAUAGAUAUUGAGGAAUUUUUGGGAGUGUUAGGGGGAACGAAAGAAUGGUGGAGCCGGUGAACUCUUCGCUUGGGAAAAUGCUCUUGGACGAAGUUAGUCCAGUGGUUAUGGUUCUAUGUACGCCCCUUGUUGAAGAGACGUUCCUCAAGAAUGGUCUAUCCUUUGUGGAGACGCUUNNNNUUUUUUUUUUUUUUUGUUGUGGUGCAGUGCCUGUUCGGACAUCAAGCGAUCAGCUUUAUAGGUUAAAGAAAUUCACAUUGAGAUUGUUUUAUGCCUCCGAUAUCAGACAACCAAACGUUGAGGUUGCAAAGCAACGGCUAGAACAAGUUAUUAGUCUAGCUGGGGAGAAGGAUUUUCAGGAUUUAAAAUCUGACCCUCCUCAAAUUACUGAUAUACUCUCUAAUCCAGAGUCUGAAAUCGCACCCACAUGGUUUCAGUAUUACAAUAAAGAACUUAUACGUACAUUGUCCUUUUCAGACCACGAAGCUUUUGAUCAUCCUGUGGCUUGUCUCUUGGUUGUUUCAUCAAAAGACGAAGAACCUAUACAUAAAUUUGUACAUCUUUUCAACACCAAUAGAUUACCUAAUGAUGGUGUAAUGAACCCAAAUAUUUUGAAGCAUUACUUGUUGGUGCAUGACAAUCAAGAUGCAACAACAGAGAGAACGUCUAAAGUUCUGUCUGAGAUGAGAAGUCAAUUUGGGAAUAAUGAAUGCAACUUACUUUGCACUAAUUCAUCUAAAGAGGGGAACGUGGAACAUCAGUCUAACCCUUGGGCUUCAUUUAAAUCAAGUGUUUCGGCCGACAAACUUGGAUGUGCUCUCACUGGUGACGAUAUUGUGGAGAUCAAAGAUCUGAUGCAAGAGUUUGCUUCCAGGCAUAUUAUUCCUUACAUGGAGCAGAAAGUUCGAGAACUUAAUCAACAGAUUUCUGCAACAAGAAAAGGUCUAAGAAACCAGAUAAAAAACUUAUGGUGGAGAAAAGGAAAAGACGAAGGUCCGGAUGCGACCAAAGGUUCAAUGUAUACCUUUAGCUCCACUGAAUCUCAAAUUAGAAUUUUGGGUGACUACGCCUUCAUGUUGCAUGAUUAUGAACUUGCGUUGUCAAGCUAUCGGUUAAUAUCAACAGAUUACAAGCUUGAUAAAGCUUGGAAGCACUAUGCUGGUGUUCAGGAAAUGAUGGGACUUGCAUAUUUCAUCUCAGACCAGUCAAAAAAGGAAGCUGAGUACUGCAUGGAAAAUGCAUUUAGCACUUAUAUGAAACUUGGGAAGUCUGGCUUCCAAAAUGCUACGAGAUGUGGGCUCUGGUGGGCAGAGAUGCUAAAGGCUAGAGAUCAGCACAAAGAAGCUGCUUCUGUUUACUUCCGCAUAUGUGGAGAGGAACCCUUGCACGCUGCAGUCAUGUUGGAGCAAGCUUCUUACUGCUUCGUGUUAACUAAGCCAGCGAUGCUACACAAGUAUGGAUUUCAUCUAGUUCUCUCAGGAGACCACUAUAAAAGUUGUGAUCAGGUUAACCAUGCAAUUCGUACAUACAGAAGUGCAAUCUCUGUUUAUAAAUCAACUACAUGGAGCCAUAUUAAAGACCAUGUAUAUUUUCAUAUUGGACAAUGGUAUGCAAUUGUUGGGAUGCAUGAUGUUGCAGUUAGAAACAUGCUCAAAGUACUGGACUGUGGCUACCAAUCUAAGGCAACCCAAGAGAUUUUUCUCAGGGACUUUUUCAACAUUGUUAAGAAAACUGGAAUGAAGCAUGAGGUGGUGGGACUUCAACUUCCAGUUAUUAACAUGUCGUCUCUUCAAGUUAUAUUUGAAGACCAUCGCACUUAUGCAUCUCAAGCUUCUGCUCUUGUAGAAGAGAGCAUCUGGCAAUCACUGGAAGAUGAUAUCAUUCCAUCAUUAAAUUCUGGCAAGUCAAACUGGCUGGAGCUACAGUCAAAGCUUCUGCCAAAAAAAUACAAAGAAUCAAAUGUUUGUGUCGCUGGAGAGUCAGUGAAAGUGGAUCUGGAGUUUAGGAAUCCAUUGCUAAUUUCUACUUCCAUAACAAGCGUGUCUCUCAUCUGUGAACUUUCCGCAAAUUCUGAUGACCUAAAAUUAGUAGAUAAUGAGCCAAGUAGCUCAAGCUUGGGUCCUGAGAGUUCCACAGGACAUAAUCAGGUUACAACCUCUGGUGUUUCUUCUUUCACUUUGUCUGAAGUGGAUUUCACAUUAGGUGGAGGCGAGAAAAAAUUGGUGAGACUUACUGUUACCCCUGGUGAAGAAGGUAUCCUCAAAAUUGUCGGUGUAAGGUGGGAGUUGUCUGGCUCCAUCGUAGGUGUGCAUUACUUCCAAUCUGUGCCUGUAAAGGCAAAAACUGCCAAAGGAAGAAGGAAAAACAAACUUACACCCACUGAUGCCUUGAAGUUUUUAGUCAUCAAGAGUCUACCCAGGCUUGAGGGUUCAAUUGAUCAUCUGCCUGAGAAAUUGUAUGCUGGAGAUCUACGUUAUCUUGUUUUAGAGUUGAGAAAUAAGUCAGAAUCCCCAAUAAAGAAUCUUAAAAUGAAAAUUAGCCAUCCAAGAUUUGUAAGUCCUGGAAACUAUAAAGAAGAGCUGACAACCAAAUUUCCAGAUUGCUUAAAGAAGGGCGAUGAACAAAAUAUUCUUCAGCCUGAAACAAAUAGAACAAGUAGUGUAUUUGCAUUUCCAAAGGAUGUAUCACUGCAAGGAGACGGAUCUUUAAGGUGGCCUCUUUGGCUUCGAGCUGCCACCCCAGGAACGAUAUAUUUGUAUUUUACAAUAUACUAUGAGAUGGAAAAUGUAUCAAGCAUCAUGAAAUACCGCACCCUAAGGAUGCAUUAUAAUUUGCAGGUUUUACCCUCUCUACAGACCUCGUUUGAAAUCACCCCCUCUCCAUCAAGAUUGCAAGAAUUUCUUGUGCGUAUGGAUAUCGUGAACCGUGCGAAUUCAGAUUGUUUCCAAAUUCACCAGUUGUCAACAGUUGGGUGCCGGUGGGGCAUCUCAUUGCUUCAGCCUGUUGAUACAAUCUUACCUUCCAAGUCUCUACUCGCUGGGCAAGCUUUAUCAUGUUUCUUUAUGAUAAAGGAUUGCAGAAAAUCCGGGACUGAAGACGAGAAAAACAUGUCCCUUCCUCCCAGCCAAACUGACGUAAAAUUGUUUACUCAGGACGAUGAUGAAAAGCUUUUCGAUAUCGUUAACUCACCUAUAGCAAGCUUUCAUGAAAGUGAAAGGUCAUGUCAGGGACCCUCAGCUCAGGCAAGUGCAAAUACUGUUGACUUCAUUCUAAUCUCUCGCCUGGAAAAAAGCAGCAAUCCGUCAGCAGUUUCUGAUUUACCAAAGAUUAUGUCUCACCAUUCAUGUCACAAUAGUAUCAGAAGCUCGAGCCAGCUGUCGUGGUCACUAGGCGGUCCCCGAACCAUAGACCACGACUUUUCCACCUCCUUGUGUGAAAUAAAACUAAAAAUGGUAAUCAGAAACACAUCUGAUGGAUUAUCAUCUGUGACCAUCAACACCAUUGAUUGUCUACCAGACGCAGCAGUACCAACUUCUUCCUCUGGAAACCAAUCCGGGUGGCGCUACGUGCAACCCGUAACAGAGGAAAUGAAACUAACUUCAGAUGUCAUGGGAAGCCGUCUGGGCAAACCGCCAUCUUCCAUGGAAAGCUCACCUCCUUUCUUAUGGUCAGGUUUAAGUUCCACAAAGGUCCAAAUCCAGCCAUUAUCCACAACCGAGAUCCCGCUGCAGAUAUCAGUUUUCUCUCCAGGUAUCUACGAUCUCUCUUCAUAUAAACUUAACUGGGAGCUUUCUGAGCAUGGAAGUGCAUCAUCAGGGAUAUGUCAAGGAUAUCCUUAUUACCUUACUGUUCUUCAGUCUGAGUGAGCUUUUCUAGAUCUCUUUAAUGGUUGGAUGUGUCCAAUAUUAAAGCAUGAGAAUAUUCUAUUAUGAUGUGCCAUUGUCCUCUUGUGUAUUCAUUUUGAUGGUUUAUGUAUACGUCUGAAUUUUCAAAUUUUGAUUGUAGUAAGUUUGUUGUCAAGAAAUUGUUUUUGUAGGAAAAAGAUGAAUUUUAUUUGAUGCUAAAAGGAAAACCAAAAAAGAUGUAUCUUUUGCGGAAUAAAAGGCUACAGAGAGUCAGAGACUAUCCUGGCCUA